AUACGCGUGCUUCACAAGCCAAUUUUAUCUCAGAUCUUAGUUUUUUCACACACACACACACAUUGAAUUUCCUCCUUAUCACGUCACUCUCAGAUCUGGAAAAUCACCUCCCUCCCUACUACUACUAUUACUCUAUUACUGCGUCUGCCUACACACACACACACAAAUUGCGGUAGAACAAUCUCACAAUCGCCUCCUCAAUUAUAAGCGGAUAUUUUUCUGAACGUAUUUCAGCCGAUCGCAGAUCUGUUUACAUUUCUCAAUGAGCUAAAUUCCUAUCUAAACGCGCUAACGUAUUGAUAAAAUACGUAAUUCUACGUAUAUAAACUGCGAAUAUUGAGCAAUUUGUUAAAUAUUAAGGCUAUCGCCGUCGACGUUUAGAGCGCAGUGCGGUAUCUGUUUGGUAUGGCAAUGCAAUCAGGGGCUAUGGCGGUGCCUGAGAAAAUCCCUGUGCAAUGGUACAACCACCAGCAGCAGCCGCCGCAUCAUCAUCAGGUGGAUGAGAGGGAAGUGUUUAUGAUGUGGCUGAGAGGUGAAUUUGCUGCUGCGAACGCGAUAAUUGACGCGCUGUGCCACCAUUUGAGGGCGGUGGGUGAGCCUGGGGAGUAUGACGGUGUCAUAGGCUCCGUUCAGCAGAGGAGGUGCAAUUGGAAUCCUGUUUUGCAUAUGCAGCAGUACUUCUCGGUCGCGGAUGUUGUCUAUGCGCUGCAGCAGGUCGGUUGGAAGCGGCAGCAGAAAGUGGUGGGGUUCGAGGGCGGUGCGAGGAUGGGGGGAGCAGGAUUGAAGGAGUUUAGGAGAGGAGGCAGGGGGCAGAGAGGAGGAUUUGAGGUGCAGAAUUUUGGUGCGGAGAUGAACGGGAAGGAUCUCAACAAUGGUUUCAAAAGCAAUCUGAAAGUGACUGAGAAACUGGACGAGGGAGACAACAAGGCAAAGGUGGAGGAGAAAGAGGAGAAGGAAGUGAUGGGACUCGAUGAAAAAUCUGAAGAAAAUGGUACAGAAACGACACUGAUAAGCACACAAGAAGUUGUUGCUCAUGCAGAUGUUGAGGCAGAGAAUACUGGGUCUUGCAGUGCGGAUGGAUCUGGAUUAUUAGAGAAAUCGACCCUUGAAGUUUCACCAAAAUCUUUCGUUGCUACUGAGAUAUGUGAUAGAAAACCAGUUAAUAUAGCUGAAGGAUUGAAACUCUAUGAAGAUCUAUUUGAUGGUUCAGAAAUUUUAAAGCUUAAUAAUUUGGUCAAUGAUUUGAGAGCUGCUGGGAAGAGAGGUCAGUUGCAAGGUCAAACUUUUGUCACUUUAAAGAGACCCAUGAACGGACAUGGAAGAGAGAUGAUUCAGUUGGGUGUCCCCAUUGCAGAUGCAUCUCUUCAAGAUGAAGGCGCUUCAGGAACUUCUAGAGAUCCAAAAAUUGAGCCCAUCCCGGUGGCGCUGCAGGAUGUUGUUGAACAAUUACUUACUAAAAAUGUUGUUAGCACCAAACCGGACUCAGCCAUCAUUGAUAUCUUUAAUGAGGGUGAUCACUCACAACCUCAUAUCUGGCCACAAUGGCUUGGAAGGCCUGUAUGUGUAAUAUCCUUGACAGAGUGUGAGAUGUCUUUCGGUAAGGGAAUGGCGAUGGAUACUCCAGGAAACUAUCGUGGUGUUCUGAAUCUCUCUCUUUCACCAGGAUCAACUCUCACAAUGCAAGGGAGAUCUGCAGAUAUUGCCAAGCAUGCGAUACCUACCAUGCAGAAACAGCGAAUACUUAUUACUUUGGUGAAGUUGCAAUCCAAGAAAACCAUUGGCGGUGAUGCACACCCUUUUCUACCUCCUAGCAGGUCACCAAGUCAUAUUCGCCCCGGGGCUGUAAAACAAUAUGGCCAUGUGCCAUCCACUGGCAUGUUACCCACUGCUAGUGCUCGUCAGCAGCUACCCCCAGGGAAUGGAAUCCAAGUCCAACCAAUGUUCGUAUCUACCCCUGUAGCACCUGGCAUAGCAUAUCCGACACCUGUUGCUCUCCCUCCAACAUCCGCUGGAUGGCCUGCAGCUCCUCCACGGCAUCCUCAGCCUCGCCUGCCAGUCCCUGGCACAGGAGUUUUCCUUCCAUCACAGGGCUCUGGUAAUUCAUCAAAUCAGCCCGCAGCUACUGAAAACAAUAGCAUAGAGAUUUCAUCCAAGGCAGAGGAGCACAGUUCAGGGAAAUCAGAUGGUCCUCGCCCCUCCCCAAAAGUUGAUGAUGAAACCACGCAGCAAGAGGACAAUGGGAGUAGCGAUGAGCUGAACGGAGGGGCAGCGAUUUUGAAGGAAGAGGAGCAGGAAAACUCAAGUGGAGCAGUUUAGUUAGAAAAAGAUAGCAAAGAAGAAAGAAGGUUGGAGGCUUAAAUUUAAUUGGGUAGGCAGCAACUGGUAACGAGUUGAUAGUUGAAUGAAACUGUAAAGAACGGAACAUAUUAGUACGACAUUUUUUUGGUGAUGAGAUAUUUAGUGAAGGGUGGAGGGAGAUGAAUAGCCUUUUUCAUUUUUGAGCUCCCUUCAUGUUUUCUCGAGAAUUAAUCAAGCCUCUAAGGUCUCAUUUUUGCA